GCGGGGCGAGCCGCCAUGGGCUUCCUGCAGCGCUGCGUGGGCCGGAGCUGCCGCCUGUUGCUGCCGUCGGGGCAGCGGGGCGCGGGCAGCCUCGGGGCGUUGGGGGCUCUGCCCUGCGAUCGCCUCCCCGGGGGGCGGCUGUACAGCGCGGGUGUCCCUGGGCUGCAGGAACGCACACUGAUAGCCGUGAAGCCAGAUGGGGUGCAGAGGAGGCUGGUGGGGGAUGUGAUCAAACGCUUUGAGAAACGCGGGUUCAAGCUUGUGGGCCUCAAGUUGCUCCAGGCUAAUGAAGGCAUCCUGGCAGAACACUACCAUGAACUGCGCCGAAAGCCAUUCUAUCACGAGCUGAUCAAGUACAUGACCUCGGGGCCUGUGGUUGCCAUGCUGUUAGCAGGAAUGUCAGAACCACUGGUCUUUGCCCUUUUUUUCUAUGGUGUCCUGCUUCAGGUCUGGGAAGGCUACAACGUUGUCAAAACCUCCAGGGCUAUGGUGGGGGAGACAAAUCCCACGGAAGCCAAGGCAGGCACCAUCCGGGGAGACUUCAGCGUCCAUGUCAGCAGGAACGUUGUCCACGCCAGCGACUCCCUGGAGACGGCCCAGAGAGAGAUCAGCCUUUGGUUUCGCAGCAAUGAGCUGAUAGACUGGGAUUGUUGCGAUCAGAAAAUCCUGUAUGAACACUGAGAGCCUGGCUUGGUCCACACCCCAGCACGGGGCCUACUACCUCUGCCCAUUGACUGCCUUUCUGAAGCGAUCCACGUUCCAGCCUGUGUGCCACAGGCUUUGAUGGUGUGUGUUUGGAGGAGGGUGGGAUUCUUGCACUUCAACCACUUUGGCUUUCCUCGGGAGGGAGGGAAGGAGCAGGCACCCCUUUGCACAGGCCACACCUUGCUCUCUGCCUCGUGCACCACAGUGCUACUUGAUUGGACAGAUUUACAUCCGUGGCAGACAAGUCAUGGAAUACGGGUCUUGCAUUAAAAAAAAACCCAAACUA